UCAAUUUCACAAUUGCACGGGAUAUUUUCUUUUCCUCUUUCUCUCAGAUUCUCCUUCUUCUCACUAACAACUAAUCGAUCACGAUGAUCUUAACAUAGUAUCAGAGUGGUGUAUCCGGGUAAUUCUGAGAGGUAAUCUCCUUCACUGUAUGAGCAUCUCGUCGACACUUUUUUUUUUUUUUUUUUUUUGGAGAAAAUUUGUUCGUGUUGUGUUCGUUGGAAUUUCGCCGGAGUUCGGUAUUUCUCUGACAAUCUUUUUCAAUUCCUUCUAAUUUUAGUAAAUACUCUGAUUUUGCUUCAAUUUUUUUGUUGAAAAUUGCUUCACUUCUGCUGUAUUAUUGGUGAAUUACGAAAACCCUAAAUUUACUCUUAGUCAUGGGUUCAUUGGUUUCUGAUAAGUCGGUUUCGAGUUCUCUUGGUCGUUCUGGUUCUGAUAACUCAUCGGAUGAUACAAUUGAUCAUAAUCUUUCUCUUUACAUUCAUCCAUCGGACAAUUUGGGGCUUUCACUGGUAGGUACUGUUUUGAUGGGACUGGGUAUAGCGAUUGGCGUAGGAGCAUGCUUAUUGCUCUCUCUGUGAAGAACAAAUUUUACUUCAUUCAACCCAAUUGUGUGAGACCUCCUCCAAAUUCCCCAAUUUUUUUCAAUGGGAUAGGUGUAAUAACAUCGUGAUUUCAUGGAUUCACAAUCUUCUCACUCCAGUAAUUCGUAAAAGUGUUCUGUAUUGUCAACUUUCCAAGGAUGUGUGGAUGGAAUUAGAAGAUAGAUAUGGACAACCGAGUGGAAUUAGGGUUUAUCAAGUUAAGAAAGAGCUUGCUUCUAUUUCUCAGGGUUCUAUGAACAUUCCUGAAUAUUAUGCAAGGAUGAAGUAUAUUUGGGAUGAACUCAGUGUCUUGAAUGUUUAUUCUGAUUCUCAUUGCACUUGUGGGGGUGGUAAGUUAGACAUUCAAAAACGUGAAGAGGACCAGAAAGUGUACCAAUUUUUAAUGGGCUUGAACGAAGGUUAUGCUAAUGCCAUAAGAAAUUUACUUAUGAUGAGUCCUUUCUCUACGAUCAACAAAACUUAUUCUCUUCUGGUGACUGAUGAACGACAAAGAGAAAUUCAGCCUCAUUCUUCUCAAUUUAGCUCUGAAUCUGCUUCCUUCUCAGCGGGGUCUCAAAGAUCUUUUCAAAAGCCUUUUCAGAAGAAUUUCCAGCCUAAAACCAGCUUUGACUCAAGGAGGCCUAGUGUUGUCUGUAGUUAUUGCAAUAAGCCUGAUCAUACAGCGGAGAGAUGUUAUAGGAAGCAUGGUUUUCCCCCGAAUUUCCAGUUCACUAGGAAUAAUAGAAGGAUUGCUGCUAAUGUUCAAACUGAAUUGGAUCCUUCUAAACAAUUUGCUCAUGUUGAACCUAAGCCAUUCACUGAGACACCACCUGCCAAUGUUGCAGAUACUUCGACUAUCCCAGGGUUGACAAAUGUGCAGUGUAGCCAACUCCUCACACUACUUCAACAACAUCAUGUGUCUGAUCCUAACUCUACUUCCCACUUUACUGCUUCUGCCAAUUUUGCAGACUUUGCUUUACAUGGCUAUUGUGACAGUGAUUGGGCUGCUUGCCCAGAUUCUCGCAAAUCAGUGACCGGUUUCUUUGUGUUCUUUGUUGGGAGACCUGUCUCGUGGAAGUCUAAGAAACAAUCUGUUGUUUCUCUUAGUAGUGUUGAAGCUGAAUAUUGUGCGUUGAAUAAACUAGUUGCAGAAUUAACAUGGCUCACUCGCCUGUUGGCAAAUUUGGGUGUUGUUGGUGUGACUCCUGUUUCUGUAUUCUACGACAACCAAUCAUCUCUACAUAUUGCUCGUAAUCCUGUGUUUCACGAGCGUACAAAGCAUAUCGAGGUUGAUUGUCACUUCGUUAGGGGAAAUUAUCAGAAGGUCUCAUUGCCUUAUUCCUUGUUAGCAGCACCAAUCAGUUGGCUGAUAUCUUGACCAAGCCCCUCACUGGGUUGGCGCAUCAUGACUUUCUCUCCAAGUUGAAGGUGCUUCCCCCCUUCAACU